AUGGGGAAACAUUGUUGUAAAAUAUCUUGGAAAUAUUGGACUCGAUAUAUUUAUUUAUUAGUGCUGCCAUUCUUAAUUCACAACAGCGCAGCCACAGAAUUUAACGAAGAUUUUUCAGUGGCGGAAGGUGAACCGCCUGGUGUGUUAGUUGGGACGAUAGGGGGUGCUGGAUUACGACCGCCCUUUGGCCAAUUUUUCCCAAGUGAUCCUCAAGAUAAAGAAGUGGAAAAUAGUUUUGAUAUUAAUUUACAAAAUGGUGAAAUCCGGACGAAGGUUGUUUUGGAUCGUGAGAAAAGACUCAGCGAACCGUUUGUUUUCUUUUUAUUACCGGAUGACGGUUUAUCCAAUGAUGCUGUGAAGGUUUCCAUAGUGAUCACAGACAUCAAUGAUAAUAAUCCCACCUUCCAAAAUCGGACGAAAUACGUCGAAAUUCCAGAAAAUAUGUUAAAUAUGAAAAUUCCAUUAGGUAGUGUAACUGAUCGUGAUUUAGGAAAUAAUACGACUCAAAAAUGUGAAAUUGUGUCGGGUAAUAUUCAUAACACGUUUUCCAUCACCACCAUCCCCGCCGGUAGUUUCGACAUGCUCGUUAAUUUAAUUAUCAAGAAACCUCUGGAUUAUGAAAAGACUAAAAAUUAUAACUUAGUUGUACGUGCGUUCGACGGUGGUAGUCCGAUGCGAACUGGUGAUCUUCAAGUUCAAAUUAAAAUAAUUGACACGAACGAUCAUCAACCUGUGUUUAACGCCAGUCAAUAUACAGCAUUUAUUCCUGAAAAUUCAACUGUCGGAGCGAGUGUGCUACACGUGUUCGCUACAGACUCGGACUCGGGAGAUAACGGCCGUAUUCGAUAUUCGUUAGAUAAACAAGGUGACCCCGAUCAGCAUUUCAUUAUUAAUUCCUUGACAGGGGAAAUAACUGUAAACAAACCGUUAGAUUUUGAAACGAAAAAUAAAUAUGUUUUAGUCGUUAAGGCUCAAGAUCAGGGCCCCAAUUCUCAACCAGCCAGCGUCUCUUUAGAAAUUACUCUAAAAAAUAUUAACGAACUUCCAGCCAACAUUAGUCUACUGUUUCUUCAAUCUGCCAGAAUUCCUGAAAAUGUUCAAAAUGGAACAUCAGUUGCUAGGAUAUCUAUAAGCGACCCGGACAGUCCAAAUGAUCGUAAUGUGGAUGUAAAAGUGUCUCUGAUUGGUGGAAAUGGUGUAUUCGGAUUAUCAACUAAAGACAAUAUCGUGUAUUUGGUAGUUGUUUCUCGACCUCCAGAUCGCGAAAUCAAAUCUCAUUAUAAUCUCUCUAUCGUUGCCACGGAUUCUGGAAUUCCGCCUUUACGUGCCGUCAAAUCUUUUACAAUUUAUAUCGAUGACAUUAACGACAACAAACCGAAAUUUACAAAUUCAACGUACCAAGCUGUGAUACAGGAAGUAGCAAGCCCAGGAACGUCGGUGAUCCAAGUGAAAGCAAUAGAUCCAGAUGACGGAGAUAAUGCACAAAUAACGUAUAAAAUUCUGGAACACCAAAGUUCCCAGCACGAGUGGUUUCAGAUAGACAGGCAAACUGGAUUAAUAACAACGAAAGCCCAGAUUGAUUGUGAAGUGAACCCCCACCCUACCCUCGUUAUUCUGGCACUGGAUGGGGGCAACUCUCCACUUUCAUCAAGUGCCACUGUGGAAGUAAUUGUAAAUGAUGUGAACGACAAUCAACCGGAAUUUGAAAAGAGUUUUUACAGCGUGGAGGUACCAGAAACUAAAGGAGUGGGAUCUUGUAUUUUAAAGGUAAGACAAACAUUUCUAUUGGACUACAAAAAAACAGUGUUGCCUUAG